AUGGCAACGCCUUCAAAUUCACGAAGAUCUUCGGACCAGAAGGACUCUGGAACAUCAAAUCCAGGAGCAUGUCCCGUCUCACUGUUUCACCGAAAACUGGUGUGUUUCUUUGCAGGCAGUAUGAUCCCAUUCGAAGAGGUUGAGAGUAAACACUUUGCUUCACUUCUCAAAACUCUAGGCAGUGAUGAUCCGCUGCCCAAAUAUGCUACCCUUCUGGAAUCCGCUAGAGUACUUGCGGAAUACUACGAGAAUUUACUCGUGGCAGAGAUAGCGGCUGAAGACUACAAGGUGACGGUUGUAUUUCACAAAUACACACUGGUCCAAUCGGUGUGUGAUUAUGUCUUUGUAUCAAUACAUUGGAUUGACAAGGAUUUCAAGUGCGACUUUUUCCGUAUUGGCCUGGUUUUAUAUGAUGCCGACUUCGCUGCUAACGUGGAGAGAAUUUUGGCACCUCUGGGACAACGGAUCGUGUUUGUAACCAGCAACUUCGAGCCCACUCCAGAAACUUGGGAGUCUAUUACCGGUUAUUUUGAUUUAAGUGUUCCGGAUGUCUCUAUGCAGAACUCCUGGUUGUUUUGUUUGCCCACGUUUCUUGGAAAUGCAGUAGAGGAGUUCCUUCUUGGAGACGACUCCUUCACCUUUGAUACGUGUGAUGAUGCCAGACACUUCAUUCCCUCACUGAUAAGCAGGUAUCUUGGAUCUGAUUAUACAGCGAUUCUUCAAUUGGAUGUUUCUUUGGUAAAUCCUGAUAAAAAUGACACGGGUGGAGUUCAUUUUGACAUUUUGGCUGAUCGCCUUCUCAUCUUCGAGAGGUCCCGCACUCUGUCGUACCUGGAAGCUUUAGUUUUCUACAGAGAUCAAUUGGAUGCGUAUUUAGAUGAAAAGAUAUGGAGCCAAAUUGAGUUUUUGGCGGUCUUCCUGUCUACUUUUCAAGUGGUUUUGACAAGCUCCUGUUCAAUGACAAGCCCUACCAGCCAUAUGGUACUGAAGUGGCUUAAGAUUCUCAUACAUACUUCAAGGACUUCCAAAUGGCACCAUUGUCUUCCAGCUAGACGCUUUGAGAUACUGGAAUCACGCUUACAGUCUUACCAUGACCAACUACAGUACAAGUUUGGACUUAUAACGAGUUGCUACCUUCACCCAUCAACUCGCCGGUUUAUGACGGAACCACAAAUUGAGCAGGUGAGAGCCCACAUGGCUCAUUUGCAAGAAGAUGCUGCUGAAAAGUAUGGGGACUUCGAGGAAAUGAUUCUACGGGAGUUUUCAUGUUCGGGAAGUAUUUCCAACGAGUGCUACAAUUACGAAACGCUACUGUCGCACAAGAUUGGAUACUCGGAAGGAAAGCCAAUGGUGUCCAAAGAGGGUGGUCCAGCUUUGCUAAACUUUUGGCAUGAUCACAGGGAUUCACUACCUGCUUUAAGCAGUUCUGCUAUGCAAGUCUAUGGAAUACAAGCUUGUAGCGAUAAAAGCUACAGAACCAUGAAACAGUCGUUGGGCCAACUCAAGGACUCUACGCAGUACUUGCGUGAGAUACCUGGAGAUCUCCAUCUCUACAACUUCCUAUACCAUCUCGUGAAUGUUCGAGACAUUCUUGCUGAUAUCGGAGAAAACGGACAAAAAGCACAAUAUACAACUUCUAAUUCCAUACCUGAUAAAGUGCCAAAGUUUGUAACCAAACGCAGGAAGUCCAAUGCUUGA